AUGUUCGAUUGUCUGCCAGUGGUGUCUGUGGGCAAACGAGACGUCCCCGACGAAGACGGUCCCGCGAGCCAAUGUGACCCACUGCUGACCAGCACUGCACCCACCGGAUCCGCGACAAACGGCGACCCGCAUGACGCCCUGCCAACGACCGAAGGAGUCAAGAAGAGGCAGACGAUGGCCUUCGAACCUGUGGACAGAUGGCGAUACAGUUACAGGUUCACGGAGCACUCCAAUGGCUACGGGCACGUCGAAGAACGCCCAAAGACGAAGGCCAAAGCUGCGACCCAGAAGGCCACCGCGCCGACCUCGCGGACCGAUGGCAAGACAGAAUGCGGCGGUGAAAAGAAGCAGCUUGGGGGCGACGACAACGGAUCGGACUCCGAGGGUGAGCGGACGAGGUCUCAGAAAGUUGGAGAGUCUGAUGCGGGCUCAGUCCGCGCUGCCCUGCUUACGAUCAAUGAGAUUUGGGAUGCGUCGUGUGAAACACAGAGAGCGGAGAUGAUUGGCCGGAUCGAGAAGCUCUUGAAAGUCGCUGGCCCCGUUGAGAUAUCGGCUGACCAGUACGAUGGAGUGGACAAAGUGGUGAAAAGUUGGGCUCGUUAUUCGAACACACCACCACCUGCAGUAUCACGGUUCAAGAAGAAGCUGAGGAUCGGCUUUUGGUCUGCAUGA